GGAUGUAAAUAGUGUACCACUCCAUGGGUGCACAGUUGGUCAGCUAGAAAGCAGAAGCAGAAAGCGUGCUAUCAACAUGGCGACGAUUCGGGGGUGUUUGGCGGCUUCAGUGUUAUUCCGAAAUUCCGUCAAAAAAUCAUGCGUCAAGUACCAAGUUGUCCGAACCGUGUAUGGCAGGAAGCAGUCAGACGAAAGGGCUGACAUGAUAAGGGAACUGUUUAAACGGAAGCAAGAAGCUGGCCCAGAAAAGAAAGCACACCGAGGAACAUAUUUGGAUUGGAAUUACAAGUCUGAAUUGUUUGCUUUUUCCAAACGGAUUGGUGAGACCUUCAUGAAUGGUUCUCUUGAAAGAGCGUUUACUCAAAGGUCUUAUGUUUUACAGCAAGAAGCCACACAAAAAGAUCUAGGACUUGAUGAUCCUGAUCGCGUUUUGGAAGACAAUAGAUCUUUAGCAGAGAAAGGUGAAGAGCUUUCUAGAGACUUUGUUGCUCGUUAUUUACGCACUGCCCUACCUUGCCUACCAGAGGAAAACAUACAGAGCAUUAGAGAUCAUUUACUGAAACCAGAAAGUGUUGCAAAUAUUAUUUCUAACAUAGGAGCUGAUGAACUCAUCCUUACAUCAGAAUUCCCUACUGAAAUACAAACUCGAGUAUCUACAUUUUAUGCCUUAAUUGGUGCAAUAGAAGAAAGCAGUGGUCAAGAACGAGGUGCAUUAUUUGUUCGUGACUUUAUCAUAGCUUCUCUUAGUGGUCAAGAUAUUAAUGCCCUCAUUAUGCCUGAAAACAAAUUUGAAACGUUGAGGGAGAUAUUUUUGAGGGAAGGGAAAGAGCCACCAGAACCAAGACUAAUCUCACAUGUGGGAAUAAAUACAAUUAUUCCAUCAUACAGAGUUGGAAUAUACUCAGAAAAGAAACACAUAGGGACAGGUGAUGGAGAAUCAGUUAAAGAUGCACUUGACAACGCUUCUUUAAGUGUUUUAUGGAAAAUGUGGGGUGUUCCUGACGCAGUAUUUCAGUUUCCUUAUCAAUUAGAUGUAGGACAAGUCUUGAGUAACAACCAAACUAAUGUGCCAGGAUCUGAGUGGACAAGGGAAAAGAUAAGUUGCAGAUAAGUAAAACUCUAUUUGAUAUAAGCUAUUGUUAAAUACAUCUAAUAAAAUUAAAAUACUUCAAUACAA